AUGCCAAAGACAAAGCAGCAGUCCAAACAAUGGGUGGAAGAUGGUGAAAAUGCUCUGAAGAAGGCAAAAUAUGUUCUGUCAGUAGGAAAGGUGAUGGCUACUGUUUUUUGGGAUGCUCAGGGUGUUGUGCUUGUAGACUAUCUAGGAAAAGGCAGAAUCAUCAAUGGAGAGUAUUAUGCAGCAUUGUUGGAGCAAUUGAAGGAUGCUAUUAAGGCCAAACAUCUGCAUUUGCAAAUAAAAGACAAAAAUAUACACAUCGAACGUUUUCUGCCAGCCACUAAAUUUUCCAUUCCAAGUGAAACUUCAGAAGAAACACAAAAUAAAGCCAAUUCAGAUGUUCAGGAUACCAGUUCUAUCAAAAAUAUUAAUUCUUCUUCUAAUGUUUCUGAAAUUUCCAAUUCUUCCAAACAUUCAAAUAUACCAAGGACUUCAGGAAGCAGCAAGAAAUUGUUUUCAAAACAUGAAACUAGUUCAUCUAUUGUUUCUAGAUUUAAAAAAUUUCUGGAACUCUGUAGAUGUUCCAUGAAUGACAUUGAUGAAAGUGAAAGAGAAAAAAUUAUUAAUAAAUUGAGGAAACGUUACAAUUCAGCUAAUCCUCUUUUUAUUUCUUCUAAAAACUUUUAUUCAUUCAUUGAUAAAAAAAUUGAAGAUGUUGUAAAUGAUUAUAAAAAUAUAUAUGUGCAUAUUGAGGAAGUUUAUACUGAAUUAAAAGGAUUUUCUUGUAAAAGGCUUAAAAACUCAAGUGAAACUUCUGCACCAAAGAAUGAAACAAGUGCCAAAAUUGGUGAAAGUAACACAUCUAAGGAAAAUGAUGCCACUGUUAAUUCAGUUGAGAAUAAUUUAUUACGAACUAAUCAGUUUAAAGAAGAAAAAACUGGUGAAUCACAUGUCAAUAAUACAAUACAAACAAUUGAACAAAAACCAAGUAGUAAACAUAUAAAAAGACUGGAGAUAUUACUAAAGAAAAUUCAUCAUAAGAUUAAAAGUCUACAGCAGAAGGAACUGAGUUUGGAAGAUAUGGAUGAUCCAGAGUCAAUUUAUAUCCAAGAAGAUAGAUUCGUUAAAAGAUUUAACAAAGUAUGGAAAAAAAUUUGUCUUUUGACUGGUAGAACAACAAAGACUGGAAGGCAAACAGAGAGGAAAUUCUGUUUUAAUGGUAGCAGAUAUCCAGAAAUAAAUAGUAAAGUAGAGAGAUUUAUUAAUAAAAAGAAAAUAUUUCCAGAUUAUAAAGACAUUUUAAACAUUGUUAUGUCAGUUAAUGAUGUUUUAAAGUUUUCAAAUAAUCAAGCACAGUCAGUAGCAAGAGAAGUUUUUGAAGACGUUGGAAAAUUACUACAAAAACGAAGAUUACAAGAUAAUAGGGAUCUAAUGGGCUGUUUUUUAACGGAUGAUGUUGACCUUAACAAUGAUCCUGCUUGGGAAAAUGAAGAUUUAAAAAACCGCUUAGAAGAAAGCUCAAAAAUUGCGUCAAAACAUUUAGAAGAAUUAAUGGAGAGUUAUGUAUUAAAACAAGCAGAACAAAAACUUGAACCAGAAGAAGUGGAUGAUAAUGCAGAUUUGUCACCAUCACAUUCCAGCAGACAUGAUGAUGAGGAAGAGGAGGAUGCUGAGGAAGAAGAACCAGAAGAACUCAGUGAUAUUGAUCUCAUAGAAGAUAUGCUAAAUAAUGAUGAAGAGUCUUCCAAGAAUGUAACAGAAGUGAUAUCAAAGGAAAUGACUUCUGAAGACCAUACAUUACCUAAUUUAAAUGAUAAUAAUGAAUGGCUAGCCAAGCUACAGUUACAACCUACAUCUUCCAGUUACAAUAGAGAUGUAUCCAAAUGCAGCACGGAAUCAUUCCUUCAGAAAAGAAAAAUUAAAUCCGAACGUACAGAUUCCUCUAAUAAAAAAUUGUGCCUUAAUAAUGGAGAAAACAAAGAAAAAUAUGAAGAAAUCAUAAUAUUGGAAUAAUUAUAAAUUACAGGAAGAGAUUAAUGAUUGUUGUUUUUUCUUUUGACACAAAUCCCAGACAUAUUGUGUAUGUGUAAAUAUUUUAGAUCCGAUUUGUUUUUAUAAAACAAUCAAUCGGAAACAUUUCCAAAAACUUUAAGGAUUGGACAGAGAGUGUCUGUCUCAUUCAGGUCAAUCAAAUGCCAAAAUGCAAUACAUUUUAUAUAUUUCUCAUUGUACAAAUUAUAAGAGACUGCUUAAUUAUGUUUAUUAUUAUUUAUGUUUUGUUAAAAACUGUGUGUAAUUAGUCAUAAUUUGGUCAGAUUUUCAUAAUUUUGUUUCCUGUAACAAAAAUGCAAAUUAUAAAAUUUGGAAGUUGUAGUUAUAAAGAGAAAUUGAUUAGCAAAUACUUUUAUGUCUUAUAUAGAACACCCUCCUUUUUUUUUGUAGUACCAUACUUAUUAUAAUUUAAAAUUCAUUUAUAUUUUUACAUUAUCUUUGUAAAUUAAUUACAAUAGAAGAGAAUAUGCAAAUAUUUAUAUUAAAUUUCAUGAACUGUGUUCUUUACUGUUUAAAAGUGGUUCGUUUUCAUAAAUUUAUGUUAUAAAUAAAUAUGAAAAGAGUCUAACAAGUGUACCUUUUUCAUAUUGAUCUGAUUUGAAUUUUUUGUGAACAAUGUAUUUUUGAGAAUAAGGCUAAAAUAUUUAUUUACUCCAUUAUACAUUACAA